AUGAACUCGGAGAUUCACGAUACUUUGAUGAAGGAAGCUGAGGGACAAAUAUGCCAUAAAACUGAAGAGACGGAGGCCCCGGAUGUGAGGGAAUAUAGAGAGAGAUGGCUCAACAACCUGAACCCAGAAGAUCUGGCGGCCUUUUAUGUCAAGAAACCAGCGGAAAGUGCAGGGGAGUUUGGCCAUUUACUAUGA